UUACAUUCACUUGUGUCCUUUUUAGAGAAAGCAAUCAUGACACAGAAAGUCAAUCUGUGUUCAGUUUCCCUUGGAGUGGAGGGUAUGACUUGUGGCUCCUGUGUCCAGUCCAUAGAGCAGCGCAUCGGGUCACUGCCUGGAGUGAUACAUAUAAAGGUGUCUUUAGAGCAGAAGAAUGCCACUGUCAUAUUUGACCACAGCCAACAGGGCCCAGAGUCUCUGUCAGAGGCCAUCGAGGACAUGGGCUUUGAAUCAAGUCUAUCAGGCUCCAGCACAGCCACACCAGUCUCUACGGAUACCCAGCUGAUCCCCACCUCCGGCCUGACACCUGCAACCCAACAGGAAGCUUUGGAGAAGCUAUCCCAGAUUCAGGGAGUGUUGGAUGUCAGAGAGAGCCCAGCUCUUAUGGGUUUUACUGUUACCUUUGUUCCUUCCCUGACUUCUUCGCAGCAGCUGAGUGAGGUGGUGGCCAGCGUAAAGCCUCUGGAGGUCCCCACACCCAGCAGCGAAAUGCAAAAAGGUCCAACUUUGUCUCCAUCUCACACCACGGGAGGAGGGGUUGCACUCCUUAAGUUGAGCAUUGAAGGAAUGACCUGUCACUCCUGCACCACCACUAUUGAAGGGAAGAUUGGAAAACUGAAAGGGAUUGAAAAGAUCAAAGUUGUUUUAGAGACUCAGGAAGCUACAAUUGUGUACCUGCCUUACCUCAUCACUGUUCAAACCAUCACCGACCAGAUUGUUGUGGCCGGCUUCAAGGCGUUUGUCAAGUCUAAGCCUCGCCCUCUGCAGCUGUCCCCCAGCGAAAUUGAACGUCUUGUUGAUUCUCAAAAACCAACUGUCUCUUCGCCAUCAGAGACAUCAGAGGACACCGAAAUCUUCAUAGACACAACACUUAUCACGCUCAGGGUGAAAGGCAUGCACUGCCGUUCGUGCGUGGUGAAUAUCCAAGACAAUAUCUCUAAGCUGCCUGGUGUCUCUUCUGUGGAGGUCUCCCUGGAGAAGGAGAAGGCCUCCAUCUGCUACGAUCCUCUAAAGGCCACUGUGACUCAGUUGCAGCAGGCCAUUGAGGCGCUGCCUCCGGGAAACUUCAAGGUUCAACCUUGGGACUCCUCUGGGGUUCUCAGUCUUGUUUCCGUAUCACCCAUGCCUGCCUUAUCGCCACCUCGGCCUGCACGUGCAACCCAGGCCAAACCUGCUGCCUCCCAGCCUUGUUUUACCCAGCCUCUAGCAUCUGUAGUUAAUAUUCACAUCGAGGGCAUGACAUGCAACUCCUGUGUCCAGUCCAUCGAGGGCAUGAUCUCCCAAAGGAAGGGGGUGAUGUCAGCCGAGGUUUCUCUUGCUGAUCACCAAGGGGCCUUUGAGUAUGAUCCCCUCCUGACCACACCAGAGGAGCUGAGGGAGGCUGUAGAGGACAUGGGCUUUGAUGCCUUCCUACCUGAGACCAAUUCUCUACUGCCUGCACCAAAUUCCAGUCUCUUAAAGUCUUCGAGUCUAGCACUUUCGAAAGAUAAGGAGCUGGACAGUGACCUACACAAAGAAACCCCACAGGGACGCAACGGAGACGCGCACUCUAAAUGCUUCAUCCAAAUUGGAGGGAUGACCUGUGCUUCCUGUGUGGCAAACAUCGAGAGAAACCUCAAGAAUGAACAUGGUAUCUACUCGGUUCUGGUAGCACUAAUGGCUAGUAAAGCAGAGGUGCGUUAUAACCCUGAGCUCAUGGACCCUGGGAAGAUAGCGGAGUGUGUGAAAGAGCUGGGCUUCACUGCCUCUGUUAUGGAGAACUAUGAAGGUUCAGAUGGAAACCUAGAACUAGUGGUCAGGGGAAUGACGUGUGCCUCUUGUGUUCACAAAAUCGAAUCCAGCCUCAUGAGAGAAAAGGGUAUUAUCUAUGCCUCUGUUGCCUUGGCAACCAACAAAGCACACAUUAAGUACGACUCAGAAAUUAAAGGGCCGCGAGACAUCAUCAAGCUGAUCGAGAAUCUGGGGUUUGAAGCAUCUUUGGUAAAGCGAGACCGCACUGCCAGUCACCUGGACCACAGCAAAGAGAUACGACAGUGGAGGAAAUCUUUCCUGGUGAGCUUGAUUUUCUGUGUGCCUGUAAUGGGCAUGAUGACCUACAUGAUUAUCAUGGACCACCACAUGAAUGUUUCACAUCAACACAACGCCACAGUGGAGGACCGCAACCAUUACCACGCCACCAUGUUCCUGGAGAGACAGCUGCUCCCUGGCCUCUCCAUCAUGAACCUCCUCUCCUUCCUCUUUUGUGUGCCUGUACAGUUUAUUGGAGGUCGCUACUUCUACAUUCAAGCCUACAAAGCAGUCAAACACCGAUCUGCCAACAUGGAUGUGCUAAUAGUUCUGGCUACCACCAUUGCCUUCACUUACUCACUGGUCGUCCUUAUAGUGGCCAUGGUGGAGAAGGCAAAAGUCAACCCCAUCACCUUCUUUGACACACCGCCUAUGCUCUUUGUCUUCAUCUCCCUGGGGCGCUGGCUGGAGCAGAUAGCCAAGAGCAAGACAUCUGAGGCUUUGUCCAAGCUGAUGUCUCUACAAGCAACUGAGGCCACAGUGGUCACUCUCAGCAGUGACAAGUCCCUUCUCAGUGAGGAGCAGGUGGAUGUUGAGCUGGUGCAGAGGGGUGAUGUGGUGAGAGUGGUUCCUGGAGGGAAGUUUCCAGUAGAUGGGAGGGUCAUCGAGGGACACUCAAUGGUUGACGAGUCUCUGAUCACAGGUGAGGCCAUGCCAGUGACUAAGAAGCCCGGGAGCUCUGUGAUUGCAGGCUCCAUUAACCAGAAUGGCUCUCUGCUCGUCAGUGCUACACAUGUUGGCAUGGACACCACGCUGUCUCAGAUCGUCAAACUAGUAGAGGAGGCUCAGACUUCAAAGGCUCCCAUCCAGCAGUAUGCAGAUAAGAUCAGUGGCUACUUUGUACCAUUCAUUGUUGGCAUAUCCCUCCUCACGCUGAUCGCCUGGAUCAUCAUUGGGUUUUUAGACUUCUCUCUAGUGGAGAAGUACUUUCCUGGAUACGACAAGAGCAUUUCCAGGGCAGAGGCAGUGAUUCGCUUCGCCUUUCAGGCCUCCAUAACUGUAUUAUGCAUCGCAUGUCCCUGUUCCCUUGGCUUGGCAACCCCGACAGCUGUCAUGGUGGGCACAGGGGUUGGAGCCCAAAAUGGCAUCCUGAUUAAGGGAGGAGAGCCACUUGAGAUGGCGCAUAAGAUCCAGACGGUGGUGUUUGAUAAGACUGGGACCAUCACGUAUGGUGCUCCGACGGUUGUCGAAGUCAAGAUAGUUGUGGAGGGGAACAAGAUGCCUCGUUCCCGACUGCUGGCCAUCGUGGGCACCGCUGAGAACAACAGUGAACAUCCUCUGGGAGCAGCUAUCACCAAAUACUGCAAACAGGAGCUUGGCACAGAGUCUCUUGGCGCGUGCACCGACUUUCAGGCAGUGCCGGGCUGUGGCAUCCGAUGUCAGGUCAGCAACACCGAGAACCUGCUGAUACAGGCAGACAGCGACAGUGAGGACAACAACCAGCGCAACACUGUUCUGGUCCAGAUCAGUGAUACCCGGAUGUCCACCAGCUCCCAUCCACUUAUCAUGGACCCACACCCACUAAGCCUUGUCCAGACAGCCUCCUAUGUUGUCCUGAUUGGCAAUAGAGAGUGGAUGAGGAGGAAUUGCCUGCAGAUCAAACCAGAUAUAGAUGAGGCAAUGAUGGAGCAUGAGCGCAGAGGACGCACUGCUGUUCUAGUAGCUGUAGACAAUCUGCUGUGUGCGAUGAUAGCCAUAGCAGACACAGUGAAACCAGAGGCUGAGCUGGCAGUCCGCACUCUGACCAGCAUGGGUCUGGAAGUUGUGCUGAUGACCGGAGACAACAGCAAGACAGCACGAGCCAUUGCUGCUCAGGUGGGUAUCAGGAAGGUGUUUGCCGAGGUGCUGCCCUCCCACAAGGUGGCUAAGGUGGAACAGCUGCAGCAGGCUGGAAAGAGAGUAGCCAUGGUGGGCGACGGUGUCAACGACUCACCUGCUCUAGCCAUGGCUGACGUGGGCAUCGCCAUAGGAACCGGGACAGAUGUGGCCAUAGAGGCAGCAGAUGUGGUGUUGAUUAGGAAUGACCUCCUGGAUGUGGUGGGCAGCAUCGACCUCUCUAAAAAGACUGUCAGGAGGAUCAGGAUCAACUUUGUAUUUGCUCUCAUCUACAACCUGGUUGGCAUUCCUAUUGCUGCUGGUGUAUUCAUGCCCAUUGGUCUGGUGUUACAGCCGUGGAUGGGCUCUGCUGCUAUGGCGCUGUCGUCCGUCUCUGUGGUUUUAUCGUCCCUGCUCCUCAAAUGUUACACUAAGCCCAGUGCUGAGCAGCUGGAGGCCAGACUGGGCAACGGCAGGCGGCAGGGCAGCCUGUCCGAUGUCAGCGUCCACAUCGGCAUGGGCGAGAUGCGUCGUCCCUCCCCGAGACUCAGCCUGCUGGACCGCAUUGUCAACUACAGUCGUGUCUCCAUCAACUCCCUGCGCUCGGACAAGCACUCUCUCAACAGCUUGGUGCUCAGUGAGCCCGACAAACACUCACUGCUGGUGGGGGAGGCGCUGUGUGAGGAGGAGUUUUGCUGAAUACAUAAGGCUCAUGGGUCAGCAAUGACUUGUAUAAGCUGAAGUAGAUGGUAACUGCAUUUUUUUCAAGGCUAGGCCAUGUGAGGCUGAAAGGGUUACAUUGAAUAACGGCCCAUCCAUCUGCUGUAGGUGCCUCAGGGCAGCACUGUUGACUUACGUGCCCCUCGCUUUCUUUUAGCUCAACGAGCUUAUCACAUGCACUUCAGAGCUUGAGGGGGUGGUUUUCUCUUCCUCAGUUGCAGAUCUUAUCUUUUAUUGAGGUCACCGCCCUCAGGCACACUAUUUGACCAACCCUUUGACACUCUCGGUGUGCAGAAGCUUGAAGCAUCCACAGAUCCUUGAAGCAUGUACAGAGCCUUGAAGCAGGUGUCCACAUCCAGGAAGCGGAGUGGUGAUCAGCUCUGCCACUGUGGUCAUUUGCCUGUACAAUCUUGAACACUCAUCCAAAGACAUUUUAACAGGGAUGCCCCAUGUAAGAGUGGACACUCCCAAGUUAUUAUUUUAACUAAUUUCCUUAAAAGGAAAAUUAUAAUAACACUGUUGUAUAAUUCCAGAAUAUUUAUGUUACCUUUUAUUUAUCUUUAUCUUAUAUCCUGUGUGAAAAAUGAAGUUGUUGAAUCCAAAUGCCAAUUUUAAUUUUUAAUCUCCGGAAAAUAUAUAAUUACUGAGUAAGGUAAGACAGAGACACUCAGUCAAUCAAAGAAGUCUUUUAACUUGCUGAACACUGAUUUUCGUGCAGUGCUAGUGGAGUGAGUUGUAAAUGUUACCCAAGUGCCAGUUGAGGAGCCACCUUGGCAAAGUCCAACACAUUCCAAAGAUAGCACCAUGCACAGAGGUUACCUUGGACUUAAUGUGGGAAAAGUGUGAACAGAGAUAAAGUCAACAACUCCCAGCAGAGACUGCAUGGUGACGCCCACUAUAGAAGACUUUCCUCGUAGGUUUCUUUAGUUGUGUUGACCCUCUGCAUCUUUGGUUAAUGAUACAAGUUGCCUGUCAAUGAAUGUGAACAUUAUUCAACGCUAAAUAGAAAUUGUUACAUGGAUGACUUUGUUUGUGCUUGAAUUACUUUAUUUGGUUGUUGGAAAAAGUUAUUAUGUUAUUGUGAUGCAGUUUGUUAUGAAAAAGCCCAAUAGUCCUUUUUCCACAGAAACCAUUUUGACUUGUCACAGUAGGAAAAGCACAGGUGCAAAUAAUACUAUAAAUGAUGGCUGAACUCCAUUUAGCUGCUUCAGGGUGCUGUAUCGUGCAUGCUGGCUCACUGCCGUGGGACACAUGAAUGGAACGGAGCUAUCGUGCGUUAUCAGUAACCCAAGUAACGCUUUAACCUACUAUGACUAGUCAAAAUGUCUGCUGUGAAAAGGCCUAUUGUUCUUUCUGUCACCAUACUAGACAAUAUGUUAUUGUUUCCAGGAAGUUCUUUCAGCGGUUUUUUAUGUGAGUUACACUUGAUCAAAAAACAUCUUUAAACCCAGGGGAGCAGGGAACAAAGCAGGAUCAGCAGUAGGGCUGCACAAUUAAUCGCAAUUUUUAAUGGAAAUCGCAACGUGGACUAGUGCAAUAUCCAAAUCGCAGAGGGGUGCAAUAUUUGUUAAAGGCAAAAUAUGUGUCAAAACAUUCUGAAGUAUUGUGGUGAUGCAGAGUGUGAUGUCCCGGCCUAUAAAUCCUAUCCUAAUCCUAUCCUACAGAAAAUAUCUUUGUUUGGUACAGAUCCUCACAAAAAUCGCACUAUAAUCAUUUUAAAUUUUUUAAGAUUUAAUAUUAGUAAAUGAGAAUGAUACAAAUAUGAUCGUUCCCUUUAAUAUCGUGAAUCAUAUUGCAAUCGCAAGAUCAGUCAAAAUAAUCACAAUUGGAUAUUUUCCUUUAUUUCGUUUCAAUAUUCCUCAUAUCGUGCAGCCCCAAUCAACAGACUAAACACAGCUGUGACUCAGCAGUUCCACCAAACAAGUUACUGAGAGACAAAUGUCGAUGAAUCAAGUAGAUUGUUUCCUAAAAAUCACAUUGUACAAGGUGUAAAAUGUAUAUGGCAUCUUUCAAUCAUAGACCGCUACUGUCCAUGCUUUAUUUUUUUCUCUUGUAAAAGUAUUACAAAGAUUUUCUGCGAUAUUAUCUGCUGUGUCAAAUCAGGGGACAAACACUACAGUCCAGCUAGCAUUUCUUUUCGAUGGUGAAAAUAGCAAAUGAGUUUGUCCUGCCGGUUUGCCACGAUGCGUUAUGUUCUGUAGGUGUCCUGGCCCGCUGAGUGCAAUUACGCCAGUCUGUUGUCUCUGUGCAUUGCUUUGUAAAGACGUCCGUAGGGAUUCAGAUCUGUGUGCAGUCAAAUUUAGCGAGUCCAUGUUUUCCGUCUUUCGUAGUUCUUCUGAAAAUGAUGUGCCUUGGAAUAAAAUGCUUUUGUAACGUCA